CUGCCGCCAGUCGCCGCGGUGGCUGCCGGGAUGCGCCGCAGCGAAUGGUCGCGCGGGGCGCCGCUCUGAGUGACCUUUCACCCGCGCCCAGCGGCCUCGGGCGGCGGCACAAGGCGGAAGCCAUGGCGGAGGCGGCGGGCGAGGCGGGCGCGAGCGAGCGGGACCCAGACGCGGGCCGCGCGCGCCGGCGGCUGCGGGUUCUGUCGGGCCAUCUGCUGGGCCGGCCCCAGGAGGCUCCGAGUACCAAUGAAUGUAAAGCGCGGAGAGCCGCGUCGGCGGCCGGGGCGUCGCCCGCCGCCACUCCCGCCGCGCCGGAGUCGGGCACCAUCCCCAAGAAGCGGCAAGAAGUUAUGAAAUGGAAUGGAUGGGGCUAUAAUGAUUCCAAGUUCUUCUUCAAUAAGAAGGGCCAGGUUGAGCUGACUGGGAAAAGGUACCCUCUCAGUGGCUUGGCUUUACCAACUUUGAAAGACUGGAUCCAGAAAACCCUUGGAGUAAAUCUGGAGCAUAAAACUACCUCUAAAGCAUCCUUAAAUCCUAGUGAAGUACCUCCCUCUAUUGUAAAUGAAGAUUUCCUUCAGGAACUUAAAGAAACUCGUAUUUCCUACUCACAGGAAGCAGAUGAUCGAGUGUUCCGAGCUCAUGGUCAUUGUCUUCAUGAGAUAUUUUUGCUCAGGGAAGGGAUGUUGGAGCGGAUUCCUGAUAUAGUUGUUUGGCCAAUGUGUCAUGAUGAUGUAGUUAAGAUUGUGAAUCUAGCGUGCAAAUAUAACCUUUGUAUCAUACCAAUUGGUGGAGGAACAAGUGUGUCAUAUGGCUUGAUGUGUCCUGCAGAUGAGACAAGAACAAUAAUUUCUUUGGAUACUUCACAGAUGAACCGGAUCCUCUGGGUUGAUGAGAACAAUCUGACAGCUCAUGUAGAGGCGGGGCUAACAGGACAAGAGUUGGAAAGACAGCUUAAAGAAAGUGGUUAUUGUACAGGUCAUGAGCCAGACUCCCUGGAAUUCAGCACUGUGGGAGGGUGGAUAGCCACUCGGGCGUCAGGCAUGAAGAAGAACAUCUACGGCAAUAUUGAGGACCUGGUGGUUCAUAUAAAAAUGGUGACCCCCAGGGGUGUGAUAGAGAAAAGCUCCCAAGGACCCCGUGUGUCAACAGGCCCUGACAUCCAUCACUUCAUCAUGGGAUCUGAAGGAACUCUUGGUGUAAUAACAGAAGCUACAAUAAAAAUCAGACCAAUCCCUGAAUACCAAAAGUAUGGCUCGGUAGCUUUCCCCAAUUUUGAACAAGGAGUAGCCUGUUUAAGAGAAAUUGCAAAGCAGAGGUGUGCUCCUGCAUCGAUCCGCCUCAUGGACAACCAGCAGUUUCAGUUUGGUCAUGCUCUUAAACCUCAGGUCUCCUCUAUUUUUACAUCAUUUUUAGAUGGAUUAAAAAAGUUUUAUAUUACAAAGUUUAAAGGAUUUGAUCCAAAUCAACUAAGCGUAGCCACAUUACUGUUCGAGGGGGACCGUGAGAAGGUUCUUCAACAUGAAAAACAAGUAUAUGACAUUGCUGCAAAAUUUGGUGGUCUGGCGGCUGGAGAAGAUAAUGGACAGAGGGGUUAUUUGCUGACUUACGUCAUUGCAUAUAUGCGUGAUUUGGGUUUGGAAUACUAUGUAGUAGGAGAAUCUUUUGAGACUUCUGCUCCUUGGGACAGGGUUAUAGAUCUGUGUAGAAAUGUCAAAGAGAGGAUAAGAAGGGAAUGCAAAGAAAAGGGUGUUCAGUUCGCACCUCUUUCUACAUGCAGGGUGACGCAGACGUAUGAUGCAGGUGCAUGUAUCUACUUCUAUUUUGCCUUUAACUACAGGGGAAUUAGUGACCCACUGACUGUGUUUGAGCAAACUGAGGCAGCUGCUAGAGAUGAAAUCCUUGCCAAUGGAGGGAGCCUGUCACAUCACCAUGGAGUGGGCAAGUUACGAAAGCAGUGGCUAAAGGAAAGCAUCUCUGAUGUCGGCUUUGGGAUGCUAAAGUCUGUCAAGGAAUAUGUGGACCCCAGUAACAUCUUUGGAAACAGAAACCUUUUGUAACUCCAUGGAUAUCAUUAUGAAAAAAUGUUAUCUUUUUAAAGUCAUCAGUUAUGGUUAUACCAGUAAUCAAAUAUAUCAUGGACUGUAUUUCAGCUAUGUUUGUUGGUUUCAAAUAAGUCAGUUUUCGUUCUGUGUUUGUUUCUACAGCUCUAGAUUGACAGAUGGCGUUCCUAGGUCUCUCUCACUGUAGGUAUUCCAGUUUAGAGCCAACUAACUGGUUGUCAUCUCAGACUUUAGGCAGCACAAGGCUGCCCGAUAUCUGAGGGCACGGCCAGCGGUUUCACGUGCUCCUCUAGGUGAGCUGAGGGAGCUUGUGUCAUCUGCGUCUUGUCUAGCCUCUAGUGUGUCCUUUCUUAAACAACAUUUCUCUAAAGCAGACAUCUAACAAAGAUUCUGCUGGGGAGAGAGAUUUGUGUGUGUGUGUUAAAAGCGUCCUUUCCUGGGAGGAAGUUGUCACGGGAGGACACUCGGGACAGAGCCAGCAGUCUGUCACUAGCACCCUUCAUCUGUAUACGGUGCUCAGCCUAAGCUUUGCUUGAAGUGAAUACACAGUUGCACACUUAAAUUGCCAACAUACAGAUUACUCUGUGAGCAGACGCAUUUUUGUCCUCUGUGUCUGUCUCUAGCGGGGUGUGUCACUGAGGAUAACCUGUUGUUCUCUCCUGCGUCAUCCAUAAUAAGCUUUGUAAGAACAGCUGCCUUACUAUGGUGAAGGCCGUUGUCCACCGUCCAGUCCUCCUGUGUCUCUGUCAGGCUUGUUGCCAAGCUGCACAGGCAGCUGCAGUGUGAACAAAAGGAAGGCUCCUCAACCUGCUGUCUCCAGUUUAAAAGAAUUACUUGGCUAAAGAAACAGUCGCUAGUUGACUCUUGGAUUUGAAAACCUCUAUAAAAUUCACAGACAACAAUCUUUUUUCUAAUUAGCCACAAAUAGCCUGAUAAAUGUUUAUGGAAAAGUAGUUUCUGUUCAGUUCUUAAUAAUGGUUUAAUGCCUUUUUGAAUUACUGGUUUAACUAAGUUUUAAAAUGUAUGCCAUAAUCACAAGUUUGAAAUAUUCUAUUUCUUAAAUAAAAGGAGAAUAUUAAUCAUAUUUAGCAGACAUUUUUACAUUCAAAACUGGAAUUUGAAAUAAGUGGAACAGUUGCUUUAAAUCACUGUUGAGGUUCCUGAUUCACAUUGUGAGAUGAGUUCUUUUCUUAAUGCAAUACCUAACUUUUGAUAAUUUUUUAAAAUAUUUAAUCAGAUAAUGUAAGUCAGAGUGCAGACGAUCCUUUAGAAGGACACACUGUCUGUCUAUGUAGCAACAGCUCCAAAUAUGUUGGGGCAGUUUGAUACCUUUUAUAUCUAAGUAGCCUUAAACAGAGCAGUGAAAAUUUAAAAUUGACAAAACGAUAUUUUUAAGACUUCAAAAUGAUAAAUAAUUUUUAACUAUUAAAAUUGGCCUCAAACUAACAAAUUUAAAUCUGUAGGGAAAAAAAUCAAUAUUAAGUAUUAGUUUAACAACAAAACUCAAUAUUUAUUUUUUGGAAGCUGCCUCUCUAUUGAUGAUUUAUUUUCGAUUAUAAAGUUUCCAUGUCUUUGGUUAAAGAUUUUGAUGGUUUGAAAUAGUUGGACACUCAAGGAAUUGCCUCUCGAAUUGUAAGAUUCUUUAUAAAAUGCAUCUCUUCUUGAAGGUGAUUCUCUAAUUGGUGAAUUGAAAUGUAACAUUUAGUAAGAUUCCAACCUCUCACUGGAAGUGUAUACAUGUUUCCAAGGAAUUAUUUUUAAUAAACAGUUUUAUUAGCAGAUUCAGUUCCUUGCAUGUGACUGUUAAAACCUUUCCCCCAGGGAGUUCAGAUUUCCACAACCUCGGCAAUCUGUGCUGUAAAGGUAACUAGCUCCUGAAGUUGUUGGGUUUGCCAUCCAACCUGAGCUCUGUGGAGGUUAGCAGUUUAUGUCUUUGUUUCUUUUUAUCUCUGGAUGCAGACCUCACCAAUCUUGAUUCUAUAGCGGUCAUGACAUUUUGUAUCUGAAAUAAUCUCAAGCGGGGUCAUUUUGAAACAUGAGAACUCUCAUUAGUACAGUUUCACUGUCUGUAUGUCAGGAAACCUUCCCACCCACUUCUGGGAGGCGCCUCAGUGUAGACCUGUCUUCAGAGGAGCACGGGUUUGCGAAUGUGCACAGAGCACUUAAGCCUUGCCUCCUUCAGAAGUGUCUGCACGUGGUUCCAUGAGCCUAACCCAGGAGAAUGCUAUUUUCUGAAGCAUCUUAAUGCAUGGGUUAGUUAAUUUAAAAGCUGCAGCCUGUUUGAUACUCAGAAGAACCUAGCACUGACUCACCCUUCUUUAAGUCAGCCAUAUGUGUAAUAGUUUGCUUAAAUCUGAUGACAUCACAUGUCGGUUGGGAUUUUAGUGGGAAUGGGAACUUGCUGCUAAUGAGAUCUAAUACUAAAGACUCAAAUGGACAGGCUUUGCGGACCUUGGAGAAACUGUUGCCUUAAUGUGUGGUGUGACAUACAGUGGCGCAUAAGUGAACUGAGUCUCAUGUUACGUCCUUUGAGACUCUUAGCUGGGUUGUGGAGGCCAUAUGCUUCCUGUGUCCAGCAUUUCAUCAGAGAAUACAGGAUUAAACUCUACUCUUUUCAGGAAUGGGACGUUGGUACUUGAAAUGCUUACAUAUUAUAGGAAUAUUGAUCUAAGAUUAUUUAUGAAUCUGGAAGCCUUCUAGUAUUCAUAUUUGUGUUGUUAGUUUAAUUUGGAAAACAAAAGCUCAAUAAAAGACAAGCUUCCAUCGGUGUGUAUCAGAUAUAAACACAUGCAAGAACUCUCCCCCUCCCCCCCCGGAAUAUUGUAACGGAAUGCUAAUUUGCAUAUUUGAGAAAGCCUUUCUGCAUGUUAAUCCCAGAGAUUUUCCUGUGUCGUGUUCUCUCAUACAGCUUCUAACUGUAAGCGAUCAGAGAAGCUGCCAAGUCCUAACAUGAAGUGUAUGGCACCACAUGGAGCUGGGUUUGCUGUCACUGUCAGAACACGUGAUGGAGAGGGACCACUUCACACUGCGUGGCAGUGCUCGAGCACAGCUCUGCCUGUGGGAGGUGUGUCCAGUCUGAGGAGCGCGGUAGUAAUCUUGAGGGGUUUCUCCCGAUUUUACCCAGGGCUCUGCUUGUGGCGGGGAGCACAGGAGGGGCACAGUGGGUGCAGAUUAGGACUGGAGACUCUGAGCUUCUGCCUGUGCUUUGUCCGUUGUGGGGGCUUGGCUUGGCUCAGGUCUUUAUGUUCCAAUAGGAGCCAUCUGCCUACAAAUUCAUUUAAUUCUUUCUCUUUACUGAAAAAAAAUAUACAAUGAGAGGAAAAUCCAGAAAGUAUAAAAGGUUUUCUUCAAUUGUUGAAGUAUGUGUCUGACGUGAAGGAUGUAACCCAGCUUUCUGUUCCUUAAGCCAAAUAGUGUUCGUCUUCAGUGUGAAACUUAACUGUAAAAACUGCUUGUAUAAUGUCAAGAGAUUAUAGAAACAUUAUUAAUAAAAUGGACAUGGCUUAUGA